GGGUGGCUGGGGCCGCGCAGGGCUGGAUAUAAGGCGGCUUGGGAACAAUACGUCCGGCUCCCGGCUCCCGGCUUUGAUCCCCGGAGCUCCGUCGGUGUGGGAGGGAGGGAGGGAGGGAGUGUGUGUGUUUGUGUGUGUCCGCGCGCGCGCACGCCCGUGAGUGUGUGCGUGUGUGUGUGCAUGUGUGUGUGCGCGUGGGGGGUGCAUGUGUGCAGGCGGCCCGGAGCACGCGGGGGAGCCGGCUCCCUCCAGGUGUGGGGCCGUCGGAGCCAGGGAGCGGAGAUGGACUUCGACUCGUACCAACAUUAUUUCUACGACUGUGACUACGAGGAAGAUUUCUACCGCUCCACGGCACCCAGCGAGGACAUCUGGAAGAAAUUCGAGCUGGUUCCCUCGCCCCCCAUGUCUCCCCCAUGGGGCUCAGGCUCAAGCUCGGGUGCCUGUUGCUCGUCGACCGCGAAUGGGCAGCCCGAGUCGUGGCCUGGGGGCUGUGGAGUGGACGAGGCGGAGGGCCGGGGCUACUCCAAGGCGCUGGCCAGAAACUACGCCUCCAUCAUCCGCAGUGACUGCAUGUGGAGCGGCUUCUCCGCCCGGGAGCGGCUGGAGAAAGUGAUGAACGACAAACUCUCGGCGGCUGCUGUAGCAGCCGCGACACCCAAGGGAAAUCCAGCCAAGCCAGCGGCCCCGGCAGACCCAGGCGGUGGGCACCCGGGGACCGAGGGCGUGGACCCCACAGCCGUGUUCCCCUGCGCCCCAGGCGAACCCAAGCCUCAGGCUUUCUCGGGCUCGGAGAGUCAAAGCGAUUCCGAGGGUGAAGAGAUCGACGUGGUGACAGUGGAGAGGAGACAGUCCCUCAGUGUCCGGAAACCAGUCACCAUCACAGUUCGAGCCGACCCCCUGGACCCAUGCAUGAAACAUUUCCACAUCUCCAUCCACCAACAGCAGCAUAACUACGCCGCCCGCUUCCCCCCAGACAACUGUCCUCAGGAGGGGACUCCCGAGAAAGAGGCCAAAGAGGAGGAAGGGGAGGAAGAAGAGGAGGAGGAAGAAGAGGAAGAGCAAGAAGUUGAGGAGCUCGUGGGUCCCCCGGGGCCUGCCAGCCCCCCAUCCUCCGAUCUGGGCCCUAGCCAGCCCAGGCCGGCCUCUUCCGACACCGAGGAUGUGACCAAGAGGAAAAACCACAACUUCUUGGAACGGAAGAGGCGGAAUGACCUCCGCUCGCGCUUCCUGGCUCUCCGGGACCAGGUGCCCGCCCUGGGCAGCUGCACCAAGACCCCCAAGGUGGUCAUCCUCAGCAAGGCACUGGAGUACCUGCAGACGUUGGUGAGUGCCGAGAAGACCAUGGCCUUGGAGAAGAGGCACCUCAGAGCACGGCAGCAGCAGCUACAGAAGAGACUCGCUCAGCUCACGGGCCACUAACCUACCAAAAAGACCAGAGACGGGGCUCUCUUUGUGGAAGGCGGGCUUCUACUUUUUUUCCCCUCCCCCUUGGUAAUUUGCACAUUUUGGGUCCCCUGGGACUAAACAGGACUGUUGAUCCCAGAAAGCACUGCGGCCGGGCGCACGCACACACGCACGCGAGCUCACACAUACACACACGAAUGGCUUGCAUCCUCGGAUGACUGUCUUAGCAUGCCGCCUCCCCCCUCCCCCUUUGCUCCCCAGCUCCUCUGCCUCAUUGGGGGGGGCAGUCUCUGUGUCCGGCAUGGCCACUGCCUGAGGGAGGGUGCAGCUCUGGGAGAAAGGCGAGGCGCAGCAGAUGCUGAGCGACAGGUGGUGUCGCCCUCACUGCAAUCACACACCGCGGAGCUCGAUCGUGGCAAGGGAUGCUCCUGCUGGGGCUCUCCCUGCGGGGUUAGCUGAGGACAGCUGGGCUUUGAGACUCCACGAAAGAUACUUUUUCCGGUGGAUACAUGAGCUGUUUCCACUGGAGAGGAGCCUGGAGACUCACUCGCUACAGAGACCCCUUACCUCUCUGCAAAACGCUUUACAGUAGCACAGGGCUUGGAAACCUUUGGAUGAUGCUACAAACUUGCAAAGAGUCAUAGAUGGAACAGAAGAAGAAGAAAGAGAUUCCUUUAAUGGCCAGAACUCUGCCUCUGGUUUUCCUUCACUAGAGGCUUCUGGUGGGUGGAUUGGAGCUUCGAGGUGGUGGGAUCCUUUGGAUGGGUCCCCCAUAGUCCUAGUGACCAGGGGGCACUCCUCAGGUCCCAUUUAAGUUGGUCUUAGCAGCAAGGUCCUAGUUCUGGGAACAGGACCUGCCCCACUCCUCAGAUCCUGAGUGGAGGUGGCUGGUGGGGAGUGAGGGGGGGAGGUACCUGGUCACGGGGACGGUUGGAGUUAGAAAAAUGAUUCUGCCUUCUUUCUUGCUUCUGUCCGAAGCCCUAGAAUUAGUGGUAGGUUCUGAAGAGCUGUCCUAGUUGUGAAUGCCUCUCUUUCCCACAGCAUCGAUGGCUCCUAUGGCUGUCCUUUGUCUUCUGCCUGGUAGGAUUCAAACUCUUCCUUGGACUCUCCUUAGAGAGCUCAAGGGCUCAGCUGGUUGGCCUGGCCAUCAGGGAGUCUGGCUUUCGUUCCAGAGCUCUAGAUAGAGACGUUGAGGCCAGGGGAGGGUCCCAGAACAAGAUGAAAGUCUUGUUGCUUUAUCACGUGAGCUCAUGCCCCGUCUGGGCAUACCACAUCCAGUUCUGGUGCAACACUAAUCCUAGGGAUGAGCUUGAGUGUAACUCAUGCCAGGCUAUGAGAUCAUAGGGUUUUAGAGCUAGAAGGGCCUUUAGUACAAUCUUUUCCUUUUACAGGUGAGGAAUAUAAACCCCCAGGGAGGCUGUGACUUGCCCCAGGUCCAAGAGUCCAAGCCAGGCAUUUAGUCCCAGGACCUCUUGAUUCCCCAGAGCCUCGUACUGCCUACUCUUCUGUGCUGGUGACCACCUAUUGAGGAUGUUGUUUAUAGAGAGCAGCCAUCCAUCCAUUGGGCAGAGGGUCGAACCAGAUGACCUCUAAGAGCUCUCCCUCCUCAAAGAUCCUAGGAUUUUAACUCCAGGAGCCACCUGAUUGGGGAGUGGGAGGGAUCAGUAUGUUAGCCUCCAAUAGCCACUUGACAGCUUGACCCUCUGGUGCUUUUACUAGCCCCCUCGAAGAGCAAACAGUGUGGUUCUGACGGGCACCGACUCUGGGUGUGAGUAGGAAGCUUUGCUAUCUGCUUCCAAAGUUCUUUUAAGCAGAUGGUGACCCUGGGCCCCAGAGACCUGCCAGGCAAAAGGGUCAAAGCCCUUUUGAUAUCUAGUGGGCCUUCCCUGAGAAUGAGGGGCCCAUCCUGAAUGACACGACUUCCACAGGUCAUUCUGUGGCCUGUGGGACCAAGGUUGCUGACUUCUUUAUUGUCUGAGAUGGUUUGGGAUGGGUCAGGAUGGGUUGGGUUGCUUGGGUUUGGGUUUAUACCAGAAGCUGCUGUUGGGUGUUGGGUUGGGGAGACUGGUUUCUAUACUGUAUUUUUGUAUGACUUUUGCAAAGUAUUGUUAAUUGUUUUUUGUACAAGAAAAACCUCCCAACUCAUGCCCCUGUUACAAGGGUUUGAUUUAUUUCCAAAGGCAAAUAUGCCUGAAUUUUUGUAUUGCGAUUCUUUAGUUGUGAUUAACUUCCCAAUUAAGAACUGUUCCCCAUACCUCUAACCCUGAACCAUCGUCAACAUUUAAUAAAAGAUUUCUCAAACAAA